UAAAAGGAAUAUAAUUUUGUGUCGCUCCGGUGGCGACGAGAGGGAAGAGAGAUCUCUCGUUCGUUUUUCCCGGAAAAUCCGGCAAGAAAAAGUUACAUCGAACCUACGAGAAAAUUCGUCCCUUUUCACUCCACGAGUUUUCACCUCUCUUUCUCAAUCUCUCAGCGUCUCUUCCUCGUUUCUCGUCUCCGCUUUUUCCCCCCUUUUCCUCUUCGAUUUCACCGGAAUCCGAAAAUUCUGAUCAGAUCUAGUUUAGAUUGUAUAGAGCAAUGCUUACGGAUCGAGGGAGACGGAUUUCUGUUUGCAAUGGAACUCUCGAAUAUAGCAACAGAAAAUUCCGUGGUGAUAAUGGUUACGGAUUCGUAGAUCGAUCGUCACCGACCUCUGCUUCCAAAAUCCUGCGUAUCUCGUCACCGACCUCUUCUCCACCGUCGUCGACUUCUUCCGCCACCGUGACUUGCUCCUUCUCCACCGGCGCUGGCUAUAUCGAACACCGGGUCUCCAAGUUCGAUACACUCGCCGGCAUUGCUAUAAAGUAUGGUGUUGAGGUUGCAGAUAUCACGAAGCUGAAUGGGCUUGUAACUGAUCUUCAGAUGUUUGCUCUCAAGUCUCUCCGGAUACCAUUACCUGGGAGACAUCCUCCUUCUCCAUGCUUAUCUAACGGCUCCUUAUAUCAUGGAGAGGAUUGUUCUGAGCAAGCUUCAUCAUCAGCAAACAAUGGCAACCUCCAAGACGUAUAUGAGUCCUUCCAGUCUUUGAGGCUGAAGCCUUCAGAAACGAAGAUUUCUCCAGCCAUGAGCUCCUUGCAAGGUUACUAUGGACUGAAACCAAGAAACAGAAGGGCUUCUGAAGGUUUAGAGAUGGCAGUUUACAAUAAAGAAGCUUCUCAUCUCCAAGACGAUGAUCAGUACCUCACACCUUUCCCAGCCACCAACACUCCCUUGAAUCACCACAGAAAAUCGAGAAGCUUGGUAGAUGCAGUUAUCGCCGAGGUGAACCAAUCGUCCAACCCGUCAAAGGCAGGAGGAGAAGUGAAUUCUGAUAAGCCAAUGAGAAGACGCCAAAAAUCCGAAGCCGAUUUCACUUCUCGAGCUCCAGAAAUGCUUUUGAAGAAGGAGAACAGAAGCAGCAACGGCGCGUUUUCUGCAAUAGCCGGGAAAGGUUUAGCUCUGAGAACCAAAGCAGCAAGCAGAACUAACUUGUCAGCAGAUACCGAGACCAGUAAUUCCAAUCCUGUACCAGUCAAUUUGAUGGAAGCUCCUGUUGUGGGAGACAGCUUCUCAAGCGUGAGGAAAUCAUUUAGCGCUUCUAGUCUGCAAGAACCGGACUGUAACAGCAACGGUCCAUCACUAUGGCCAACCUCGAAGUGGACCCUGAAAGCUGAUUUGCUCACACAAGCAGCCUUGACGAGCUCUAUCUUUGACGGAUUGCCUAAGCCUUUAACUGGUCGGAGACACAAAAAGGCUGUGGACUAAUGUCAGUUAGGUUUCCUCGGUGACGUUAUUGACUGUCCUCUUUGGGUUCUGUUAAUCCAAAAGGAAGAAGCUAAUAGAUGUAGAUGGAGGGAGUAAAUAGAAAGUACAGUGUAUUAUUAUUGCAUUGUAUUGCCCAUUAAUUUAAAAACAAGAAUGCAAUUGGUUGUGAGUGAGAGUGCAUCAAAGGA